CGAGGGGAGGGGGCUGCGCGCUGUGCCUGAGGGCGGCAGGAACAAUGGAGACUUCUGAUGGAGAAAGUUUGGGCGUAGCCACGCACCUUACUAGGAGGAAAUAGAGUAGAGGCCUAAUGAGAAUCUCCAUGGAGCAGUCUUCUCAUCAAUGCUGGAUGGAUUAUUUUCUCCACCACUUCUGAUGAGUUUGAUGCAGUUGUUGGCUAUCUGGAGGAUAUCAUAAUGGAUGAUGAUUUCCAGUUAAUACAGAGGAAUUUUUUGGAGAAGCACUACCAGGAGUUUGAUGACUCAGAAGAAAACAAGCUCAUCUAUACGGACAUUUUUAAUGAAUAUAUGCCCAGCAAAAAAUGUGCAGCUCUGUGCCUCAGGGCUGGUGUGAGAACAGAACCAUCAACACCCACUGAGGAUCUGCAGUUGUGCCCACUGAGGAUCAUGCAGAGUGUCAAGAAGGUGUCAGUACAGCACAAAGAUGAAAUGCCAGGUGAUAUAUUUGAUCUGCUGCUCACAUUUACAGACUUUCUGGCUUUCAAAGAAAUGUUCUUGGAAUACAGAGCUGAAAAAGAAGGUCGAAGUCUGGAUUUAAGCAGUGCGUUAGUGGUGACUUCAUUAAACCAUUAAACAAGUCAUUCUGAAGGGAGUUCUGUUGUAUUUUAAGCAAGGUCUAUUCAAUU